UAGAUUGUGUAUGCCGUAGCUGGGUUGUUGUUGUCAGAAUUUAAAGGGGAUACCGGAUUGCAAACCGCCCCCUCCUUGCUCCCGCCUGGAUCGCAGUUAUAGAACCGACCCGAGCGUCGCCGAGCACCCAGUACCUCUGACAGAAACAGGAUAGGCAGCGAGAGAGACACAAACAAACAGACAGACAGACAGACAGAGGAGGGAAGGCACGAUCUGGGAGAUCACUCCGAGACAGACCAGUUGACCUGGUCUUGCUGGUGGUGUUUCCAUUCUCUUAAUGCUGUGUUACUCCUCCAGUGACCUGGUUUUGCUGGUGGGAAGGAUGAGCUCUAAGUGGGGCGGCACGGCGCUGUCUCACCGCAGCUACAGGCUGGCCUCGGACACAGACAUGCCCAAAGUGGCAGGAAUCGUCAAUGAGAAGCUGUUGAGUGACUAUCUGAACCACAUAUUCCCCAGCACCAGCAAGCCCCAGCAGCCAGCAGCAGCUUUCAGGAAGCCGCUAACCUUUCUGGAUCUGGGGGAUCACUUGGACAGGCUGCUAGCAGAAGGGGAGCCUGCUGAGGAGAGCAAAGAUGUUGAUGGGCGUCUGGGCCCUCCCACUGUUGUCCUGGACCACACCAGCGGCUUUGAGGGGCUGCUUUUAGUGGACGAUGACCUCCUCGGGGUUAUUGGACACAGUAAUUUCAGCUCCAUCAGAGCUACCACCUGUGUGUUCAAAGGGAAGUGGAGCUAUGAGGUGUUGAUCUCCUCUCAGGGUUUGAUGCAGAUUGGCUGGUGCACUCUGAACUGUAGGUUUAACCAAGAGGAGGGAGUGGGAGACACGGCGGACUCGUACGCCUAUGAUGGGAACCGAGUGCGCAAGUGGAACGUCACCACCACCAACUACGGCAAGUCCUGGGCUGCAGGGGAUAUUGUGACCUGUCUAAUAGACCUAGAUGAAGGGACGAUCUCCUUCUGCCUGAAUGGCCAGUCUCUGGGCAUUGCGUUCAAUUCCAUUAAGAUCGGUCCUGGCCUGGCCUACUUCCCUGCCAUCAGCCUGUCCUUCAAGGAGUCUGUGGCGUUCAACUUCGGCAGCCGGCCACUCCGCUACCCUGUCGAGGGCUACCAGCCCCUGCAGGAUCCACCAAGCGCGGACCUCCUGAAAGCACAGAGGCUGCUGGGAUACAUAAAGAAUGUCUUCACCACAAAAAUCGACACGCAGGAGGGAAAGCUGGUGGAGAAGGACAGUGCUGCCUGGGAGCUGCAGGGGGAGACCACAGUGCUGGUGACGCUGGCUCACAUCUUCAAUCACUUUGCUCCCUUAAUGUGCAAGGUGUACCUGGUGGAGGGCGUCCUCAUGCGCUUCCUGCUCAGUAUUCUGGAGGGGGGCGGCUCUGUGGAUGAACACCCCCUCAUACAGCAGCUGCUGGACCUCAUGUGGCUGCUGAUGGAGGACUAUGAAGUGAACGAGUGUUUGAAGCAGCUGAUGAUGUCACUCCUGAGGGCUUACAGAUUCUCUCCCAUCAUCCCUGAUCUGGGCUUGCAGAUUCAUUAUCUACGGCUGACGACGGCCAUCCUCCGACACGAGAAAUCCAGAAAGUAUCUGCUGAGCAACGUCCUGUUCGACGUGCUGCGCUCCGCUGUGUUCUUCUACAUCAAGACUCCUCUGCAAGUGAAGGAGGCUGGCCUAGAGGAGCUCAUCCCUACCACCUGGUGGCCCUGCCACUUCGACAAGGAGGGGAGGGACGAGCGUGAGGCGCGAGAGGAGAGUCCAGAGGAGAGGCUGAGGCGCAGGGCCUACGAGCGUGGCUGCCAGCGGCUCAAGAAACGCAUUGAAGUCGUGGAGGAGCUGCAGGUCCAGAUCCUGAAGCUUCUGCUGAACAACAAGGACAAAGGGACGGGCGAAGCUUCCCGGUACAUCUUCCUGAAUAAAUUCCGCAAGUUUCUACAGGAAAACGCCAGCAACAGAGGGAACCCCGCAGUGCUGUGUCCCCCGGAGUACAUGGUGUGUUUCCUGCAUCGUCUCAUCGCUGCAGUGCGCUUCUACUGGGAGGAGAGCAAGCGCAAGAGCUCUGGAGUGCUGGGCAGUGAAGAGGCCUACGUCCCUCCUCAGCUCUUCUACAAUGGGAAGGUGGACUACUUUGACCUGCAGAGGCUGGGCGGCCUUCUCUCCCACCUGAAGAAAACCCUCAAAGAUGACCUGGCGUCUAAAGCAAACAUCAUCAUCGAUCCGUCUGAGAUCCAGGCCAUGUCCAUGGAUGAUCUUGAUGAGGACGAGGAGAACGGGACAGUCCAGAGGCCCGCCGGUGCCACUGCGAUGGGCGGGGCCCUGGCUAGACCCAGCUGGCUGAGCUCUCCCACGCUGGGCCGGGCUAACCGCUUCCUCAGCACCGCCGCGGUCAGCCUCAUGAGCCCACGCCGACCCCUGGGCACUCCCGAGAGGAUGAAGGUGCGCACGCUCUCCGUGGAGCAGAGAACGGAGGAGGACAUUGAAGGUAGCCAUGGUAACGAUGGCUUGUUGCAGGGGCGACCCCCUGAGGAGUCAGAUCAGCCAAUCGCAGAGAAGUCCCUGCUGGAGAUCGUGGAUGGCAUUGUGAUGAUGUACAACCUGAGUGUGCACCAGCAGCUGGGCAAGAUGGUGGUUGUGUCGGAUGAUGUCCACGAAUAUGCAGUCGCCCUGAAGGACACGGAUGAGAAGAUUGCUCGCUGCCCCAAGCAGAGGGAGGAUAUCCUGGAGGAGCUGGUGAAGAGUCAGAAGGUCUUUACAGAGAAGCUCAAUCACCUGAGCCGACGGCUUGCCUGGAUCAACGCUACCAUCUACUCCAAGGAUAAGAUGCUGGAUAUCUACUGGCUGCUGCGUGUGUGUAUCCGCUCCAUCGAGCACAUGGACAGGACGGGCUCCCUGUUUGCAUUCACCCCAGAGUUCUACCUCAACGUGGCGAUGAACAGCUACAGCGCCCUCAAGAACUACUUCAGCCCUUCCAACAGCAUGGAUGAACUGCCAGGCUAUGAGGAAACACUGACCCAGCUGGCUGCUCUUCUAGCUAAACACUUUGCAGACCCCCGGAUCGUGGGCACAGAUAUCAAGGACUCGUUGAUGCAGGCACUGGCCAGCUAUGUGUGUUACCACCAGUCACUGCAAGCAGUGGAGCGCAUUCCUGAGGAGCAGAGGGUGGCCAUGAUGAAGAACCUGCUGGCUCCCUACGAGCAGAGACCCUGGGCACAGACUAACUGGAUCCUCGUGCGCCUCUGGAGGGGCUGUGGCUUCGGUUACAGAUACACACGGCUCCCUCACUUGCUCAAAAUCAAACCUGAGGAUGCCAACCUGCCCAGUCUACAGAAGCCCUGCCCCUCUUUCUUGCUCCAAAAGCACAUGGCAGACCUCCUAAGCAGAGACAAGGAGAUGGCAGCCAGCUUCCUCAACAGCGUCCUCAACCAGCUCAACUGGGCCUUCUCCGAGUUCAUCGGAAUGAUCCAGGAGAUCCAGCAGGCUGCAGAGCGGCCAGAGAGGAACUUCGUGGACACGCGGCAGCUCAAGGUGUGUGCGACGUGCUUCGACCUGUCCGUCAGUCUUCUGCGGGUGCUGGAGAUGACCGUCACCCUCGUCCCCGAGAUCUUCCUGGACUGGACUCGCCCCUCCGCAGAGCUGCUGCUGCGCCGCCUCGCACAGCUGCUCAACCAGGUUCUGAACAGGGUCACCGCAGAGAGGAAUCUCUUUGACCGGGUCGUCAACCUGCGCCUGCCAGGACUGGAGAGCGUGGAUCACUACCCUAUCCUGGUGGCUGUGACUGGGAUACUUGUCCGUAUUCUUGUGGACUGUGAAAUGCAGGGGGUAGCUCGUGCCGCUGCAGUCCUGCUGUCUGAUCCCUGCUUCCAGCUGCACUCCAUCCAGCACCUCCUGGGAGAAUCGGAGCUCUUGUCUUCAUUCAGGGCAGCCCCCCCAUCUGCAGAGCGCAAACACUUCUCCUUGCACACCUACACGGAUUACAUCAGCCCAGAGGAGCAGCAGAAGGUGGAGAGGAUGCUGUCCUUCCUGACCAACGAGUCCAAGGAGGCUGCCGCCAGCGCUGCGCCCACCAGUGAAGAGGACUUGUGUCCGAUCUGCUAUGCACACCCCAUCUCCGCCGUCUUCAAACCCUGCUCCCACAAAUCCUGCAAAGCCUGUAUCAACCAGCACCUGAUGAACAACAAAGAGUGUUUCUUCUGCAAAGCCACCAUCACUGGAGUGGACGAUUACAGCAAGCCCCCAGCCUCCUAGCACCAGCCAGCCAGCCAGCCAGCCCUCGAGAGGCAGGGCCACGUGGGCACACGCACAGACACAUCUGCUCACACUGAUGCAUGGCUUCAGAAACUGAGUCAGCGUUAUUCAAAAUAAAAUCUAAUAAAAUGUGAUGGCUGUCACCGGUAGUACGGGGCUGGUGAUUUCCUACCUUUUACACAUUAUAAAUCAGGGAAAGGUCUUUCUACAAUUAAAUUGUGUACAGCAAUUUACUGUCAUGGGCUAACUGAGAAUUAUCAAAUGGUGAAAUAUCAAGGGAGUGCUACACAUUACUGUUUAAAGAAACACAUUGCUGCCAUGAAACUGAACAAAAAACCCUUUUCUUGAAAUAACAUUAAAUGUGUCUUAAUAUAGGUUUGAUUUUCUUACUAACUCCAUAAUUAACAAAACCGAGGUUAUAUACAAAGAGGCUUUCCCCAAUCCCUCCUUCACACUCCGUAGCUCACAAACUCAAGAGGUCAUACAAGUAGACUAAGCCAUAUGCAUGCAUGUUACUAGAAAUAGGGAACAGAUUCAAUAUGGAUAGAGUUAAACUGCUUAUCCAAUUUGAAUUCAAGGUACAGUACAAUCUGGAUCCCUGUUGAUUUUCAAGGACAUAUGUUAAAUGGAUGUCCUUAAAAAUAAAAUAUAUAUAGAAGUUUCCUGAAAUUUGUGAGGACCCCUUGGAUCCCCAAAGCCUAGUUUGAGAUCUAUAGCUCUUUCCUCGGCGCAACUGAAACUAGGCCUGGCAAUGUGGUGUUGGUUUUAGUUCUGCAACAGCAUUUCUGUAUCUAUUUGGAGGUAUUGUAGACCUCUGUGCAUUUCUGAAUCUCAACAGUCUCCUCUUGGUUCUCUCUGUAGACCUCUGUGCAUUUCUGAAUCUCAACAGUCUCCUCUUGGUUCUUUCUGGUAGACCUCUGUGCAUUUCUGAAUAUCAACAGCCUCCUCUUGGUUCUCUCUGUAGACCUCUGUGCAUUUCUGAAUAUCAACAGCCUCCUCUUGGUUCUCUCUGUAGACCUCUGUGCAUUUCUGAAUCUCAACAGCCUCCUCUUGGUUCUCUCUGGUAGACCUCUGUGCAUUUCUGAAUAUCAGCAGCCUGCUCUUGGUUCUCUCUAGUAGACCUCUGUGCAUUUCUUCACAUUGAACCUAGUGUUGAAGCUGCAAGGCCUCGCAAAGCACAAGCACAAUUUAGUAAUUUAGCAGACGCUGUCCAAAGCAACUUACAGAGACUUGGGGGUGAACUGUGCAUCAACAACUGCUGCUACAGUCACUUACAUAGGACGUCGGUAUUACGUCUCAUCCGAAGGUCACACACAGUGAGUCAGUGGCUGAGCUGGGAUCUGAACUGGGAACCUCCCUUUUCUUUUAACCACUGGACCACCAGCACAAGAGGUCUUCUGUGGACAAGCAUUCAGCGAUUGUUUUCUGUGACGGGCAUAAAGGUAACUGUUCAUUCAUGCAAAUAUUUUGACUUUUUCGGGAAUUUUCAUUUUUCUAAUGACUGGCCUUAUGGCCGUCUGAGUGGUGAGACUGCCAGGUGCAUUAAAGGAUGGGUGUAGGUUGCAGUUCACUUACACAACAAGCAUCUCAUGUACAGUUGUAGUCAAAAGUUUACAUACCGCAAUGGAAAUGUGUAAUUCUAGAAAUUUCUCAAAAACAAUUAUAGGAAAAAAGAUUUGUAGCAAAAGUUUUGCUUUUGUGGAUGAGGAAAAAAAGUUACAAGAAAUAGAUGUCUACAUUAUUUAUUUCAGCAAUUUUUUGCAAAACUCUAAUUCAAAAGUAUUCAUACCCUGACAAGGAAAAUUAAAUUAAUAGCUAGUUGAGGCACCUUUAGCAAUAAUAACCUCUUUUAAACGAUUAGGAUAUUUGUCAAUGAGCUUUUGGCAUGAUUCUUUAGUGAUUUUUGACCAUUCUAAAACGCAAAAUUGUUCCAGUUCAUUCAAAUUCUGAGGACUUGUGCACAGCCUUCUUCAUCUCAUACCAAAGAUUCUCAAUCGGAUUUAGAUCGGGACUUUCACUAGGCCAUUCCAGAACCUUGAUUUUAUUCUUUAACUAUUCUGAAGUAGAUUUUGCUUUGGAUCAGAGGGUUUCAGAUGAUUGGCCAUAUCUUUUGGUAUGCUAUGGAAUCCAUUUGACCAUGUAUUGGAACUAAAUUUCCUGUGCCAUUAGAGGAAAAGCAGCCCCAUAGAAGGAUAUUACCACCUCCAUGCGUGACAGUAGGUAUGGUGUUCUUUUCUUUAUACGCCUUACCAGACUUUCUCCAAAUGUAACGACUAUCAAUGUGACCAAAUAGCUUGAUUUUUGUUUCAUUACUCCACAAAACCUUUGCCCAGAACUCAUAUCCAUCAUUUAAAUGCUGUUUUGCAAACUUUAAGCGAUUGUCCUUGUGACGUUUUCCAAAGAGUGGCUUUUUCCUUGGCCUGCGACCAUUAAGACCUUCACCAUGCAAUACUCGACCUAUGGUUGAAAUGAAAACCCCAGUCCCACUUGCAGCCAAUUCACUUUGAAUAUCUUUGGCAGUCAAUCUUGGAUUGUUAUUAACCUUCUCACACUUCUUCUGCUUGUUCUUGGUGAAAGAACCUUCUUUCUUCCAGACCGAGGGAGCAUUGUGACAGUACCAUGAGUCUUGUACUUUAUAAUAGAAACAACAGUUUGGGAUUGGGAUACUCAAAUGCUUGCAAAUCUUGUAUCCUUCUCCAGCUUUAUGACAAUAAAUAAUGUUCUGCCUAAGGCCAGAUAGCUCUUUACUUCCCAUAUUGACUUACUGGUAAUGGCAGCAAUCAUCCUAUGCCUAACCCUUUUAUAGGGGUGAAAUUCUCAACAAAAAAGUGCAGGUACUCAUAUGCACAACCAGGUGUAAACAUUUUAAAAACAGACAAUUUGAGUGCAAUGAAUUAAUACUUUUAAAAUGUGUACAUAUUGGUACACAAUGCAUUUAUAAAUACAAAAUAAGCCUUAAAAAAUAAACACCAUAACAAAGAAAAUACUGAAAACUUUGUACCCUUUGCUGUCAUGUACUGUAAUAUAACACUUAAGUUAAACCUUAAAUGACAAGCAUUAAGAAAUAUUACAUUAUGCAGUAACUGCUGUAGAGAGGGAGUUUUGUUUCAUGAUAUCCUAAAAAAAGGGAUGAUGUUAUAAAAAAUGGUAUAAAAAACAACUGUGCUAUGAAAAAAUGAUACACAAAGGUCUAAGUCAAACAAUGCACAAUAGAGGCUAAAAUACCCCUGAAAUGUAUUAUGUAACAGGCACUACUACUGUAUGACUAAUGAUGUACUUGGCCAUUUUAAUCUCCAUAGUAUUCUCUGAAAUCAUCCCCAUGCUUUCCAGACCCUGGGUACUCAUCUACAACAGGACCUGGCCAUGCUACAAUAAUAACCUUGGAUUAGAAUAUAUAGCCCUGUUUCUUUUAUUUAUUUUGUACUUAUUACUUAUCUUACAAUAAUAUGUUCUGUGUGCUUCUCUGUUGUGUUUCUGUGUAGAUUACCAUUAUCUAUUCCAGAAAAAGAUUUUUCAGGCAGAAACAGUAUUAAAGUAGACUUUUGCCACAAAGUGUCAAAAGACACAUUUUUAUAAAGUAAUAUCAUUACUGUUGUUUACUUCUGCCUUUUUUUCUAAUAUUUAUCAACUAUGUAAUUUAUUGCGAACACUGACGUGGCUUUUUGCUUUCAAAUUCAUGUGCAGCAAUGUUUGUUAAGAAUAUUUCAGAUAGUUUCUCCACCACAUUACUUCAUAAUAAUGAUAAUUACUCCAUACCGCUGUUUUCACGUUGCACUGCUAAAGUCUUCUCUCGUAGAUCAACGAAUGAGCACUGACACAAAGCGAAAUGGGCGGAGAUUUGUGGCGCAUGCUAAAAUGAAAUCUGAUCAGAAUGAAAGCUCGGCCAAUCAACAUGCAGUGAUUAUACUGACGUUAAUGGUGGCCAAUAGCAGCUAACAGAAACAGAAGCAGUGUGAGGAAACAGAAUGCAAGCAGCACGAACUCUGCUGAAUGAAAGCUAUUUAUAUAUAAGGGAGUUGAGCUUUAGGAGGGAAGAAUAGUUUUGGAGCCAGGUAAGAUUUUUUAUUUAUUUUACAUUUUUGGGGGACUUUUUCUUAACACAAACAUGCGUGUGCGUGCAGGUGUGUAGAGGCUGGAGAAACACUGGAGUCCUGGUCCUCUGUAUAUGCAUUUCUGUUUAAAUGCAAUACUAAAUUGACCAUGUUUUUUUUUUUCUUUUUCUUUGUGAGAAUGCAAAUAUAUCUACAUACAGUAUAACUGCAUUAAAUGAUGUAUCCUAAUAAAUCCUGAAGUUGCCUUGG